AACCACCGGGCCGAUCCAGAAGAGUUGUUCACAAAACUUGAACGCAUUGGAAAGGGGUCUUUUGGAGAAGUUUUUAAGGGUAUUGAUAACCGGACUCAGCAUGUGGUUGCUAUAAAAAUCAUAGAUCUGGAAGAAGCAGAGGAUGAAAUAGAAGAUAUACAACAAGAAAUAACCGUUCUUAGUCAGUGCGACAGCCCUUUCGUGACAAAGUACUAUGGAUCCUAUCUCAAGGGCACAAAACUGUGGAUCAUUAUGGAAUAUUUAGGUGGAGGCUCUGCGCUUGACUUGCUUCGUGUUGGUCCUUUUGAUGAACUCCAGAUUGCAACCAUGUUGAGAGAAAUCUUAAAAGGUCUGGAUUAUCUGCACUCAGAAAAUAAAAUUCACAGAGACAUCAAAGCUGCCAAUGUCCUACUGUCUGAGCAAGGGGAUGUCAAACUUGCUGACUUUGGUGUUGCUGGACAGCUGACUGAUACACAGAUCAAAAGAAACACAUUUGUAGGUACUCCUUUCUGGAUGGCACCUGAAGUCAUACAACAAUCUGCUUACGAUUCCAAGGCCGAUAUUUGGUCAUUGGGUAUUACAGCGAUCGAACUAGCAAAAGGUGAACCACCAAACUCCGAUAUGCAUCCGAUGAGGGUACUGUUUCUUAUCCCUAAAAAUAACCCACCCACCUUAACAGGAGAUUUUAGCAAACCAUUUAAAGAGUUUGUUGAUGCCUGCCUCAACAAAGAUCCCUCCUUUCGACCUACAGCCAAAGAACUUCUUAAGCACAAAUUUAUUCUUAAAAAUGCCAAGAGAACAUCUUACCUAACAGAGCUGAUCGACAGAUUUAAACGAUGGAAGGCUGAGGGUCAUAGUGACUCUGGUUCUGAUGAUUCUGAUACAGAGUCCAACAACAAAGAGAAUCAUUCUCAUCCUGAAUGGAACUUCACCACAGUCCGAAAGAAGCCAGACCCCAAAAAAUUGCAGAAUGGGACAGAUCAAGAUCUUGUAAAAACCCUGAGCUCUUUAUCUGUAAUAAUUGCCCCGGUAUUUGCUGAGCUUAAACAGCAAGACAGGAAUAAUGUCGUGAGGAAAAAUGCCAUUGAAGAAUUAGAAAAGAGUAUGAACCAGGCAGAAGCUACGUAUCCUGGAAUUACUGACAAGAUGGUAAAGAAACUUAUGGAAAAAUUCCAGAAG